AAAAAAAGACGAAAGUGGUGUUUGUUUGUUCUGGGAUGUUCCUUUUUCCGACCAGUGGAUUGAUUGAUUGAGGUUUGGUCAACGUUUCAAGAGAAGUCUUCCUGCGCCAUUGAUUUGGGUGAGCAGAAAGAAGAAGAAGAGAGAUUUCGCAUUCAAUAGUCUCAUCUCUCGAUUUGGAAAGUCAAUUAGUGUGCGUUAGAUCUUUUUUUAUUCACCAUCGAAAGAUUCCUUCCAACUUUUAGGGUUUUUGGAGCUUCUUCUUCUCAAAGGCUGCGACUUUUAUUGAAGAUCAAAUGGGUGGUGGUAGUGGCACAGACACCAGUAUGACGCAGAGACCUUCCUCCAUCCCAAAACAGCAACUCCCUUUAAUCCCUAAUCACCACUCGAAUCAACCUCCUCCUCCUCUUAUCCGCUCCUCCUCCCCACAGCCUUUCACCGCCGGAACUCCGCCUCCGAUCCCUCCCUACUCUCAGAUCCCGGCCACCUUACAGCUCAAACACUCCCGCUCCACCUCCCAGCCCUCUUCCUUCUUCUCCUUCGACUCCCUCCCGCCGUUAAACCCUUCUCCGCCGGUGGAGGAGAGAAACGGCGCCGGGUUCAGCCCGUCUCUGCCUCCGUCACCGUUCACGAUGUGUCAUUCCACCUCUAGGAUCAUCGGCGAUGGUCCCGAGAAUCUACCGCCGAGGAAGUCUCAUCGGCGUUCCAACAGCGAUGUCACGUUCGGGUUUAUUAGUUCGAGUCUGAAGUCUCCUCCUUUGAUCCCAUCAUCGAGGUCUCUGGAGAGAUCCGUCUCCGGGGGAGAGGGUGGUGGUGCUUCGAAUUGGUCCAACUUGGUCAAGGAAGAGCCUGGAAGAAGAUCCGAGAGUGAAGCUAUGGACGAUAUCUUCAAGGCUUAUAUGAAUCUUGAUAACAUUGAUGUUUUGAACUCUUUCGGAGGAGAGGAGAUGGAGAGCAGCGGGACGAGGAAGACUGCCAGCAGUGACUCCGAAGGAGAGAGCAGUGCUGCCUGUGGCAACAAUGUGAAGGUUUCUUCAGGUGUGAAGAGGAGAGCCGGGGGAGACAUUGCUCCUCCAACUAGUAGACACUACAGGAGUGUCUCCAUGGAUAGUGGUUUCAUGGGGAAACUGGACUUUGGUGGUGGUGGUGAUGAUAAUAAGCUUCCGCUGACCAGUUCUGGUGAAGGGAAUUCGAGUUUCGAAUUCGGAAACGGUGAGUUUACUGCGGCUGAGAUGAAGAAGAUCUCAGCUGAUGAGAAACUCGCCGAGAUUGUUAUGUCUGACCCUAAGCGUGUUAAAAGGAUAUUGGCGAACCGUGUGUCUGCUGCACGUUCAAAGGAGCGGAAGACGCAGUACAUGGCAGAGUUAGAACACAAGGUGCAGACCCUUCAGACUGAAGCCACUACGUUAUCAGCUCAGCUCACGCAUUUGCAGAGAGAUUCAAUGGGGUUGACGAACCAGAACAGUGAGCUCAAGUUCCGUCUUCAAGCUAUGGAGCAGCAGGCACAACUCCGCGAUGCUCUGUCUGAGAAACUGAAUGAAGAAGUCCAGCGAUUGAAGCUGGUGAUAGGUGAGACAAGCAGCCGCAGCAGGAGGGAAUCUAACAUAUCGAAGACGACGCUAAGCCCGGAGAUGUUUCAGCAGCUAAGCAUUAGCCAGCAGCAGCAGAUGCAGCAUUCCAAAGCACAGAUCAAAUGAAUUGGGUAAGAAGAAGAAGAGGAAGAAGUGUGAUCCGCAAGUUACAUAGAUAUAUGAUAAUCAUGUUUUGUGCAGAGACAGUGUUUGGAAAUUGUUAAAGAAACAUACAUAUAUAAAAGACUUAAAGAGUAUGUCUAUCCUGAAGAAACAGAUACAUAACUACAGUGAGGAACUGCUUCUCGAAAGAGUGAUCUUCAGUCGUUUUGGUUAUAAUAAUUAUAGAGUUUGGGA